AUGGCUACGAAAUGUUGCUCAAGUUGUGCCCACAUGCUCCCGAUCCCUUCUUAUCAACUCCCGCCUGUAGGAGGGCGACCAAUCUACUCCUUACCAGGUGCCAAUAUCGAUGCUCUUAAGGGGCACAACCUGUACCGAGCGUUCGAUCGAACAAUCCGUCUGGUGCAGGUCAUGCGGCUACAAGGGGGAGACGAGCUGUCUACGAAAUUCCGGUCCGCCUUUAGUGAGUUACGAGAGGGAAGACUCUUUCGGGAGGGCUGGGAUCUCUUAUGUACGCGUGUGGCUAACCAGCUCCCUCCAGCUGAGGUUGCUACUUUUGAAUCAGCCUUACGGCUGUACUUUACAACUGCAGAGGUCCGGGAAAAGAACUUUGAGUGCUUAUCCACUAUGAGUCAGCCUGUAAAGGUGAUGAAGGCUGUACAUCAGGGCCGGAACGCUCAAAAAGCAACGGACGAGGAGGCUGAUAACCUCUCCUCUGACCUCUAUCUUUGCAUCGGUGCCAGGGUUAUGCUUACGGCCAAUUUAUGGACCGAAGCUGGAUUAGUAAACGGAUCUAUGGGGACGGUUCAUGAUAUUGCGUGGGUGACGGGGCAGGAUAUUUCUCAGAUGCCUUCCUUUUUACUGAUCAAGUUCGAUGAGUACAUUGAACCAGAGUUUCCGGGUGGUGGGCGUGGUAUAGUACCCAUCUUUCCGACCACGCGUCAGUUUUAA